AGCCACGGCGCAUGCCCAGUAUGUGCAUCCAAGAUGGAGGAAGUGGAGGAGGAGGAAAAUGAAGUGUUCGAAAUUACAGAUUUUACCACUUCGUCUGACUGGGAAAGGUUUAUUGCAAGGCUUGAAGAAGUCCUCCAUGAAUGGAAACUUGAUGAUGGCACGAGAUUCACUACAAGAUCUUCUAAGGGUUCAGGAUCAUCAUUCACUGCUUCAACAGAAAAAGUUAAAAUCAACCCCAUCCCUAUCAAGAAAAGUGAACAUGAGAAAGAAGGCACAUGGGCAUUUAUGCAGGAAGAAGUCAGCUUUGCUACAUUUACUUUCAAUAUUGCAUAUCAUUAUCUCAAAAGUAAAAGAAAAGAAAAGCACUCAACUAAAAAUAUUAAAGAAGGAUCUGAGGAGGGUAUCCCGUCAGCAGUAAUGGAUAUGUUUGACAUGGAUUUUGACUUUCCACCUAGAGUACACUGUCUCAGUCGAUGGUUUGGUUUAAAGGAAUUCAUAGUUCUUACGCCAGCGCAGAAUAUAGAAGCCAUUGAUAAUGAAUCACGGUGCCAUUUACUUCUAAGUUCAAUAGCCAUAGCAUUUUCAAAUGCUAAAUGUACAGUUCCAAUGUUUAUCCAGGCCAGUCAACGAUGGAGACGCCUCUACUAUGGCGUGUGUCUUGGUGGAGAGUUUCGAACUUCAUUUGAAAUGUGUCACCUUAAGAGUACUCCCCCACAGUAUGACCAUUUAGCAGGUCUAUUGGAGGUCUUUAAAGAUAAGCUGGCUUGCUCUGCAUCACCUUGUCCACCAGUUACAGUAUCAGUCCGUUUUACCUACAUACUCGAUGAAUGGACGGACUAUGCUUGGCCUCAAGAACCCCCAGACCUUAGUUCCUCCAUAGAAUGUGAAGUAGGAAUGACAGAUUUGGGCACCUUACCAUUUGGUGCCACUCAAGAUCCCAUAAGUGAACUUCAUCUGUCUACAACAUGGCCAUGUCUCUCAGAAGAAGUAGUUGUUGAUAAUGCUAUUUACUCGUGAAUAUAUUGGUGGCUACAUGAAUUUAUGCUAUAAACAAGAAUCAACAAUGCAGUUAUUGAAUACAGAAAUGGACGACAGUGAAACUGCAGACAUAACACAAGCAUUGCAAAAGCUGACAGACCCCGGUCAUGGGAUCCCUGUGACUUCACUAUCUUCAGCUGUUUCUAAGGCAACAACAAAAAUCCCUGUUCUGAGUGAUGUGAUGCCACAGGAGUACCCAAUACCAGAGGAACUGCUCAACCAAAUUCUAAUGCAUCUUUUCCCAGAUGCUGAAGAAGAUAUUGAAUCAGUGGAAGCGAAACAGCAACAAGUACACCAACAGAAGGAUCAGGAUCAGGAAAAAUUGAAAAAUGCUUUAAAGGACAAGUUUCGAGGGCUCAAGUCAGCACCUGAAGACAGUUUGACAUAUUUCUUGGCUGUCUGUAUUUGUAUCGUGUAUAAUAAUUAUGGUGGUCUACGAGCAGUAGCUCACUUAUGGCAUGAAUUUGUGUUAGAAAUGAGAUAUAGAUGGGAAAAUGAUGUAUUUAUACCAAGAUUAAAGUUAGAACCACCUGACUUAGGAUACUGUUUAAUUCACCAAAAGCUACAGAUGUUAAAUUGUUGUAUUGAAAGAAGAAGAAUCUCCAAAAUGAGGGCCUCCUCCAGCUCAUGUGGUGAAUCUCCCUCAAAAUCUCUUGAUAAUCAAAACAAUAAAGAUAAGAAUAGUCAACCAGCAUCAUCCACGAGUAGCUCAGAUGAUGAUGAAUUUUUUGAGGCCGUAGAAAGUUUGAGUGUCCUAGAGAAAAAGCUUUCAGAAGAGGAGAAUAAUUUCAUUGUAAAAGGAAGACUGAGACAAUGUGGUGAUCUUCGCCUUUUAGCUUGUGACGAACCUCUGUAUAUACCUAUUACGCAGGAGCCAGCACCAAUGACCGAAGACAUGCUUCAAGAACACGCUGAAGUUCUUUCUCAGUUAGGAACCACGCAGGAAGGGGCUCGCGUCAGGGCACAGAUGCAGAGUGCUUCUUUACUCUCUGAUAUGGAAGCUUUCAAGGCUGCAAACCCUGGCUGUUUACUUGGGGAUUUUGUCCGCUGGUAUUCACCUAACGAUUGGAUACCAGGCAAAGAGACAACAGAAGAAGCGGAGGAAUUAAAACUUCUCGAAGUUGAUGUAGAACAAGAGAAACAAGAGACAGGCGGUAAGUCAGUAGAGACGCCAAACGUGACAGAUGGAUGGGAAGAAGAAGAGUUAGAGUUAACAGAAGAAGAACUAGAAGAAGAGGAACGAGAGGCAGCCGUGGACCUAAUGAAUGAAGCUAAAGCUGGACACGUUCCAGAGCUAAAAGCUGUGAACAAGUGGAUGGAGGAAGGGCAUUUGAGUCUACGCAUGCGCAUACCUGGUAACAUUUGGGCUGAAGUUUGGCACAGCGCCAAGCCAAUUCCCAUCAGGAGACAGAAAAGACUUUUUGAUGAGACCAAAGAAGCUGAGAAGGUUUUACAUAGCCUUGCUGCCCUUAAACCUUCCGAGGUAGCCUUCCACUUAUUCCCAGUUCUGUUGCAUGCCGUUUUGCUCAAGAUCGAAGGAUCAGGAGGCAACGACAUCCCUGCUGUGAGCACGUUACUAGACCAAGUGACAAGUAAGGCUAGCAAGCUGCACUGGCUUUUUCCAGAUGAUCUUCCACAAUGCGAGGAACUCGUAAAAGAAAUCCAGCUAGCAGAACUAGUUAUUUCCCGUGCAAAAUCUCUUCGCUACAAAUUCCGAGAUGCUGUUGAGUCACAGAAGAAAAAGGUCCAGAUGGUGGGAGGUGAAAAAAACCUGGACGAAUUUCUAGCAUCGUUGAUGGAAAAACCGGAAGUGACUGUGAUCGGAGCGGGUCGUGGCCCUGCUGGUCGAGUCAUUCACAAACUGUUUGCCAAACAAGAAAAUGCAAGAUCAGAGCAGCCCGUUUUGGAAAAAGAGCCAAGCAAACAACAAACACCCCCUUCAUCGCCAGCACAACAAGAUUUCCCACGUCCUGCAGGUCGCGAGUACAUACUACGAACAACAGUUCAGCGGCCAUCCCGUUCUUCAAGACCAUCCCCUCAGCGAAUAUACUGCGUGCUGGCAGGAGACGAGUUUAGGCUUGCUGGUGCAUUCACUGAGGAUGUUAUAUUCCAGUAAACAGUUAACAGCAUGUCUUAAUCAUAAUGACUUGUUAUCGUAAUAGACCUUGCGUGUUGUUUUUCCAUACCAGACCAUGAAUCAUUCCCUAGAGUACCAUUUCUUUGUUUAACGUUUAUUCAUGAGAAGGCACGUGAAUAAUACAACUCAAGGAUCUUAAUCUCAAGAUAAUGACACGUGGUUUAAAAUGGGGAAAUGUUACGCCCAAGGCAAAGAGGUCUGUUUUUGUCCAAGGCCAUGAAAUAUAUUAAUUUAUAAUACAAAAAUUGAGCCUGCGUAGCUGGUGUUGAGGUCACUCCCUUCUUGUUUUCAAAGCUCUUAACUAUUUUUAACCGUUUGAGGUCGAAGCCAAAGUUGACAGAUUAAAAAAAAAAACACUUAAAAACGUAAAACCUGUAAACGUGUGCCGUGCCGUGCCGUACCGUGCGGUGCCGUGCCGUGCCGUGACGGUUAGCGUUUGACGCAUUUAUCUCGUUCGCUCUAUAGACUGGUUCGUGAAUUCCGUACAAUCUGGUCUAUCUCUGACUCGACGCAUAUUGGACAGUAAUGGAUACCACUGACCAGCUGCUACGCAGGCUACGUAGAUUGAAAGCUACUAACUUCAUUACCUUAGCAGUCCAGAAAAAAAAUAGAUACAAAAAUUAUGAAUUUGACUAGAAUUAUUAGGGUAACUUGAAGCCUUUUAUCCUGACUCGAUCAUUAUUUCUGAGGGACGAGUUCAUCGGAGAACAAAUAAACAUCUUCCCACUUUCAA